GCCAGCAGCAGCUCGCGCUUCAGCUGCCGGAGGUUGCUGUCCUGGGAAUCGUUCGAGGCCCCUGCCGGUCCAGACCAAAAAACUGGCUCGAGCGAUCAACGGACCUGAAUCGGCACAGGACGGAUGAUGGAGCUGCAUGCGCCAAAACCAGAAUUUGCUGCUCGGAUGAGGUGGAUGAGCUGGCAUCUGAUAUCGCUGUGAACUUAGAU